AAGCCUGUCCUACGGAACUCGGGUACACAAACGUGAGUGAUUUCUGCUUCAAGAUGUAUUACAACAUCAAACAGACCCGGAGUGACGCCGCGACCAUGUGUGCCGCGCAGGGAUCGAGACUGGUCAAACUGGACACUUUGUGGAAGAACGAAGCCAUCAUGAAUAGAGCCAGAGAGAUUAAAGAUGAAGGUAUUGCUACCGGAUAUGACAGUCCCAUCAAAGACUUCAGUGUGGCGGGAAAGAAGGGGGAGGGGGAGGAGGAGGCUAGUGAGCUCCUUAACAACCAACCAUUUACAAUCGGAGCUGCCGACAAGUCUGGCGACCUCGUGUUUGUGUGGGACGAUGGGACGGAGGUAGACGACAACGCCACCUAUUGGCGGAAAGGCGACCCUUCUAAUGUGGCGAGGAAUGGAUCGAGCAACUGCCUAACCAUUUUACCUCUGGUGGAUCUGACCAGCGGAAUCUGGCGUGUUGUAGACUGCUUGCAUUAUAGGCGAUUUAUAUGUGAAUACGCUGGCUGUGGUGAUCCUCCAGCGAUACCACAUUCGCAGACGACUUCCGGUAGAGGGCUUCCUUUAGAAAACCGAACCUACACCUGCGACCCUGGUUACGUUCCAUCUGGAAAUAGCAAUGUCACCUGUCUGAGUGUAGGCUAUUGGAACCAAGUCAACUUCAGUUGCAAUCUAGUACUGUGCGGAGAGCCUCCUGUUGUGUUGAACGCCGACAAGGAAGCAGGAGCUGGCUCUGUGGGAAGUACGAGGGAAUACGUCUGUCGUAAAGGUUUCUGUCAGAUCGGCAACGUCAGUGUCACGACCUGCACCACAGACGGGGGCUGGAGCGAGGUCGACAUCACCUGCACAGAUGUGUGCAAAAGUUCGUCGAAUCUCAUCAGCGGAUCCCGAAACCUUGUGUUGAGGUGUCUAACACUGUUGAUGGUGUUUUCUUGGAUUCGUCUCGAAUAGUAACGAGUGUUUUUCCUAAGAAUACUUGCAAACAUUUGCCGAAUUAAAAAAUAUAUAUAUUUCUGGAUAAUCCCGCCAUAGUACUCCAGUACAAUGACACUUUCCCA